AUGGCAGAAAACACACUUGAAAUACAAACAAGCUACAAAGAUCUACAAAGCCUCUGCGGAGGAGAGUGGGAACUUGAUACAUCUCUUCAAAACCUUAGUCUGGAAGGUAAGUUAAACGAUUUUUGUACAAAUUGGUACAUGAUUUUUAUAUUGAUUCUUUAACGCAGGGCUCGAAAUAGCAGGCUGCCAAUGGCCAAAAGCAGGCCAUAUUUUAGAAAUGGCAGGUAAAAACAAAUUUGAACUGCCAAAGUUAAAAAAAAAUGGCAGGUGAAAUUCUAUAGAUAUAUAGUUUCAUUUCAUUUGCUUUAUACCACAACUCAUAUAUACAAGAUCAUUUAGUCGACUAAACACAUUUAUAUUUGAAAUGUAAAUCCAAGUGUACUGUAGUAAAAUAGACAAGUUUAAUUAAAAAUACUAAAAAUGCAUGAAAACAUUGAUUUUUACAAUAUGACUCAUAUGAGACAUCUCCAUUUUGGCAGUCCAAUGAAUAAAAAUGGCAGGCUAAAAUUUAUUUCACUUGCCAAAACAUUUAAGACUGGCAGGCCAUAUUUUUCUCUACUUCGAGCCCUGCUUUAACUGCUUGUUUUAUCCAUUGUUUAUCUAUUUUAUAAAAUCUGUUGGUUUGUUAUAUUCUUAUAUUCACAUAAUUCUUUCACUUUUGAGACUGUAUCCCAUCUCCAUGGAUGUGGUACAGAACUUUCUGAACAACUUCGAGCAUUUGUAGUUUGCAUUAAGUGCAAAUUUACUUCUCACUUCUCAUUCGUGGAUUUAUAAUAUUUAUAGAUGAAGAUGAAGUCGAUCUUGGCUGUAUGCCUUUGACUAGUACUCCUAAGAAAGACAGUUCUGGAAAACAUGCUUUGACUCCGAAUUCUAAAAGACAAAACGAGCCAUCUUCAAAGAAACUGAAUGCUUCUGAAAGCCCAUCAUCUGUUUCUGAAUUUUCUGGUGACUGUG